AUGUAUGAAUUAUCAUCAUCUGAGUGGAUUAGAUUGAAAACAGCUGAAGAGGAGCGUUCAGUUGAACUAAUGGAUGGGUAUGCAAUAAGAACAUUGAAACAAGACAUAAAACAAUACCUGAGAUUUCUAGAGUACAGAAGCAUUCCACUCCAUCUCAAAAGAAUCAAAGCCUCUGGAACCAUGCUUCUAGUAUUGGUUGAUUUAAUAGAUGGCCAUGAUCCAAUUGAGAAUGUUAGAAAGAUUGUUUGCCAGAUGGUUAAAAAUGGAUUUGGAGGUGAUUGUGCAUGUCCAGACAAACUUAUUGAGAUAGUGUGUGUUCCCAAGUUCCAGCCAAUAACCAAUGAGCAAUACCACAGAAGUGCAUUGGUAUGGCCAUGUAAUAAACUCAAUAAAGCCAAAGAAAGUUUGGAUACCGUAUACAUCCAAGCAAUGAUGGAUGCAUUAAGUAUGCAGCAUUAUAAUACAGAUGUAAAGUGUAGUAAGGUAUGCUUGAUAGCAAAUGGAUGUGAUAGUGUCUGUAUUCAUUGUGAUACAGAUGAUAUUCUUGGCCAUUCUAUAUUUAAGGCGGUUGAUGAAGUUAGUAAAUCACAGCUAUCUUAUCUUUGCACAGGUCUUGAUGUGUUUUUGCUCAACGAGCCUUGUUUGUCAUGUUCUAUGGCUCUUGUACAUGGGCGUAUAAGAAGAGUGUUCUUUGUAAAUCAGAAUGCAAAUGGCCCAUUCUCCCUUCUUAAGAUGAACUAUAACAAAAACCUUAAUCACAGAUAUCCUGUGUACUUCAUGUCACGGCCAGAAUAA